AUGCCUUCGAUAAUUAAAUCUAAAAAACCCAUUAAAUUUGGAAAGUUAUUUAUUAUUAAUCAACUUUCUUUUAGUGAGGACACAAUAAAUUCUUAUAGAGAAAACAUUAAACAGCAAAAUCCUCAAAUUUCAGAUGAGAAUUUAGAAAGAGAAUUGUUAGUUUUACUUAAACGAGACAGUUUUUAUAAUCGUCUUAUGGAUGAGGUGGCUAGUGCUUAUGAUUUUGAAUUGGAUGAAGAAGAGGUAAAAGAUCAAUUGGAACUUCUUAAAUCUAGUUAUCCAUCAGCUAGUGAAGAGAAUUUAAGAUCUAGAAUAGAGAUUUCAAUAUACAAGAGAUUAAUCUAUGAAGAUUUAGAAAAAGAUUGGGAAAUUGAAAUUUCUGAUGAAGAAGUAAAAGAUACUUUGACAAGUUACUAUAAAUCUACAGGGCAGUCUAUAAGAGAGUAUCUUCAAGAUAAGUCAAAAUUUGAAAAUGUUAGAAGUACAUUAAAAGAGCAAUUAAUUUUCGAUCGACUUAUGAAUGCUUUUGCUGUUGAAUAUAGAUUUUCAGAAAAUGAACAUAGCAAUUAG